AAGAAAAAAAAAUUCCAACCAAAGAACAAAAAAAAAAAACAGAAAUGGAGGGAACGAUCAAGUGCUCGGCGAACUACGUGCCACUUUCUCCGAUAAGCUUCCUGGAGAGAGCGGCCACCGUCUACGGCGGCCGGACCUCCAUUGUAUACGGCGACGUUUCGUACACGUGGACUCAGACUCGUGACCGCUGCCUCUCUCGGCUCGGCGUCUCCCGCCACGACGUGGUGGCAACUUUGGCGCCAAAUGUUCCUGCCCUGUGUGAGCUCCUUUUCGGAGCUCCAAUGGCGGGAGCCGUCACUUGCGUUUUGAACACUCACUACGAUGCCGAUGGCGUCGUCAGGGCUCUCCGCCUGAUUAAGCCGAAGGUUCUAUUCGUCGAUUCGGAAUUCCUCCCAGUGGCCGAGCAGUCCCUCGCCCUCCUCUCCUCCUCCGACCAAACUCUCCCCAUCAUCGUCACAAUCCCAGCUCACGACUCAUCCAAAAACCCUAAUCACCAAACCUACGAGGAACUCCUCGCUUCUGGAAACCCUGAUUUCGAAAUCGUCCGACCCAACGACGAACUGGAACCGAUCUCGCUAAACUUCACGUCCGGCACGACGGCCGAGUCGAAAUGCGCAGUCUACAGCCACCGAGGCGCGUUCCUUAACGCGACGGCCGUCGGUGUCAUAACCGCGAUAAAGCCGAUGCCGGUUUACUUGUGGACCGUGCCCAUGUACCAUUGCAGCGGCUGGUGCUCCGUUUGGACCGUCGCCGCCACCGGUGGAGUCAACGUCUGUCUCCGUGAAGUCAACGCCGGAGCUAUCUACGACAACGUCGUGAAGCACAAGGUAACACACUUGGGCGCUUCGCCGCCGUUGCUUAACAUGAUCGGCAACGCCACUGAUUCGGAGAAGAAGACGUUCCCUUGGCUCGUCGAGGUUAUGACCGGCGGUGCUGCGCCGCCGCCGGAGAUACUGAAGAAGCUGAUGAAGCUAGGGUUCAAGGUGACGAAUGCGUACGGGUGUACGGAAUCGUACGGAGCUGCAGCAGUGUGCUUGCCCAUGCCUGAGUGGGAGUCUCUCCCAGAGGAGGAGAACCUGAGGCUGAGGGCGAGACAGGGUCUGAACCAUUUCGCCGUGGAAGCCAUCGACGUGAUGGAUCCAGCCACUAUGAAGCCGGUGCCUCAAGACGGGAAAACCAUCGGAGAGAUCGUUCUCCGGUCAAACACCGUCAUGAGUGGCUACUUCAACAACAGCGAGGCCAGUAAGGAGGUGUUUAAAGGCGGCUGGUACUGGACUCACGACAUGGGCGUUAGGCAUCCUGAUGGGUAUAUACAACUGAAAGACAGGGCACAAGACGUGAUAGUGACCGGAGGAGAGAUGGUGGGUUCGACCGAGAUCGAAGGCCUUCUCUUCAGCCACCCCGCCGUGAUGGAGUCAGCGGUGGUUGGCCGCCCGGACGAGGCCUUGGGAGAGUCUCUCUGCGCUUUCGUCAGCCUCAAUAAAGGGUUCGAGGCCACCGCAGAGGAAGAUAUCAUCGAGUUCUGUAAGAAGAAACUUGUUGUCGAUGAUGAUAGCGAUCACCAGAAGAAGAUGGUUCCUAUGACUGUAGUGUUCACUGAACUCCCAAAGACAUCAACUGGGAAGACUCAGAAGGUUUAUCUGAGAGAGAUGGCCAAGAAGAUGGGAAGUGUUCCCAAGAUUAAUUAAGAAUAUGUUUGUGAUGAAUCAAUUUAUAUAGGCUUGGAAUAAGAGGAUAUAUAUAUUUAUACAUGUAACAUUUGAAUUAUUAUAAUCAAGCAUC